AUGGGUAAAAAAAAGAAAUCACCUAAAAAUGCUUUUUCUUUUUUUUUGGAUGAUUACGUUCAAAAUCAACGGGAUAAAGGAAACCACAUAACACAUAAACAGGGCGCCGAAGAAUGUGCAUCUUUAUGGAAGAAUCUGUCAUUAGAAGAAAAAGAAAGAUAUAAAAAUUUGGCAAGUGAAUACAAGAUAAAUAAAAUUAACGAUGAUAAGAAAUUUACGAAUUUAGGAACAAGUUUUAGUGAAGUAAAACAACAGGAAUUUAUGCUUAAAAAGGAAGAAGAAGAUGCUGAUAAUGAAAUAAAAAGAACAGUAUUUAAUUUAAAUGGUGGUACCAUCGAAACUCAGAUUUUUUAUUUGAUUCAUUGUAAUUAUUACUGUAAGACUGAUGAUGGCGUUUAUGUUCCUGCAGAAUUAGCAAUAAGUAAAUUUAGUUUAGGCAGUGGUAUUAUCGAUUCUUACCACACUUUAAUCAGUCCAGACAAAAUACCAUUGGGUUAUGCAUUCGAAACUAAGAAAAAUAUAAACGAAAUUCAUAAGUUACCAUAUCCGCCAUAUUCUGAAGGGAAUUCAAGUUAUUAUUGCAUAAGUAAAGAAAUUUUAAAUUUUUUACAACAUGAUUUUCCUCCUUUGUACUGCCUUGAAAACAAUUUGCAAGCGACAAAAAGUGUGAUUACAACACUGACAAAAAAUUCAGUUAAUAAAAAUGUCAAUUUUAAAAUAUAUCCGAUGCACAAAUUAUUUUUUCAUUUGAAAAAUAAAUGUGCCGAGUUUGUCGUAGAAUGUCCGGGGAUUUCUUUAGGUUUUCCAUUGUUAUCGAAUGCAAUUGUUGAGCUUGAAAAAGACAUUUUCUGUUAUGUGACUAAUCUUUCUUGUGAUUUUCAUGGCAACAUGGAAGAGAAAUAUCAAAAUUGCAGUUUAUCAAUUGUUCAACGAUAUGUUUAUGUUAUUUGCGAUCACUGUUGUCAGUAUAUUAAUGUCAAACUCAUACCUGGAAAACACAUUAGGUUAAAUUGUGAUUUGAAAAGCAAUGAAACCUGUAAGAUGAUUAAAAAUAAACAAAAAAUUUCUUCUCAUGUUAAAACUCAAUCUGACAAAGAUGACAUUGUUUUUAAAGAGGAAAGAAAAAUUCCAAAAUGGUUAAAAGAGAAAAAUGAAACAAGUUUAUCAAAGUCAAAUGUUAGCGAUAAUGGUGAUGAGGUUUACAAAGAGGCAAUGCCUAUGAGUAACGAUAAAUUUUGGGAAAAUAAACGGUCAAAAGAAAAUUUGAAUUUACCGAAGGAAGAUUUUCCACCAUUGGGCGGAACCGGAAAAUCCCGUAAAUUUAAGUUUUAA